GCCGGCUCCCGCCCAAGGCGUGAAUGACAGAGGCGGGCCGUCCAGCGCCCUCAGCGAGGUCAGUCUGCGCCUCCUGUGCCAGGAUGACAUAGACACCGUGAAGCACCUCUGCGGAGACUGGUUCCCAUCGAGUACCCAGACUCAUGGUAUCGUGACAUCACGUCCAACAAGAAGUUCUUUUCCCUGGCGGCGACGUACAGAGGCGCCAUCGUGGGAAUGAUCGUAGCUGAGAUAAAAAGUAGGACCAAGAUACACAAAGAGGAUGGAGAUAUUCUAGCCUCCAACUUCUCUGUUGACACCCAAGUUGCGUACAUCCUGAGUCUGGGCGUGGUGAAGGAGUUCCGUAAGCACGGCAUAGGUUCCCUUUUCCUUGAAAGUUUGAAGGAUCACAUUUCUACCACAGCCCAGGACCACUGCAAAGCCAUCUACCUGCAUGUCCUUACCACCAACAACACAGCAAUAAACUUCUACGAGAACCGGGAUUUUAAGUAGCACCACUACCUCCCCUACUACUACUCCAUCCGGGGGGUCCUCAAGGAUGGCUUCACCUACGUCCUCUACAUCAACGGUGGCCACCCUCCAUGGACAAUCUUGGACUACAUCCAGCACCUGGGCUCUGCGCUAGCCAACCUGAGCCCCUGCUCCAUCCCACAGAGACUCUACCGCCAGGCCCACAGCCUGCUCUGCAGCUUUCUGCCCUGGCCCAGCAUCUCAGCCAAGGGCGGCAUCCAGUACAGCCGAACCAUGUGAGGCCAC